AUGGAAAGGGAGGAGGAGGAUCAAUCAAAACCCAACAAGAGUACUAUAGAGCAAUCAAUUCUUGAGGAACCCAAAGCCAUGGGUUCAAUUUCAAAGGUCACCGCAAUGUUCUUCAUAUGCAUGAUUUGCAUGUUAAUGUCAUUGCCACCCAUUUACGCUUGUGGGUAUUGUCCAUCACCACAUCCGCCGUAUCACCUCCCUAAUCCGCCAUCUACUCCCCGGCCACGGCCACCCACAACUCCUCGCCCACACCCACCCACAACUCCUCGGCCACACCCACCGCACCAUGGAGGUGGUCCAAAAGUUUCACCUCCUAAAACCAGGCCACCUAUUAUAAUACCACCAAUUAUAAAGCCUCCACCAGUUAUAUCACCUCCAAUCAUUAACCCUCCAGUAAUAAAUCCUCCAGUGAUCUCACCUCCAAUAACAAAUCCGCCGGGUUCUACAUACCCACCUUAUACUCCACCUCCCUCUGGUGGAGGUGGAGGUGGAGGUGGAGGUGGAGGUGGAGGUGGAUGUGGCGGUGGUUGUGUUCCAGGUCUGAACCCACCACCAACCAGGCCUACUUGUCCAAUCAAUGCGCUGAAACUUGGGCUUUGUGUGGAUGUGCUUGGAGGUUUGGUGCAUAUUGGGAUUGGAAACCCUGUUGAGAAUGUUUGUUGUCCAGUGCUUCAAGGGUUGCUAGAGUUAGAAGCAGCUAUUUGUCUCUGCACUACAAUAAGACUUAAACUUCUCAACCUCAACAUAUUCAUUCCUCUUGCACUUCAAGUCCUCAUAACUUGUGGGAUAACCCCUCCACCUGGCUUUGUGUGUCCUCCUCUCUAAGAUGUGUGUGUAUUUCAUUGCUAACUUGUGUUCUGCCUUAUAAAGUGUCUAGGGUUCUUGUUCAAUUAUGCAGUUUUCCUUUUUUUUGUUGUAAUUUGCCUUGAGGGAAUCUAUG